AUGUUGGAUAUCCCGCAGGCGCGAUACUCUAACCCGUCCUCCUCGUCGACCCGCCACCCGAGACGUCCGCCGCCGUCGCAGGCGUCGAGCCCGGGAGUCUCGCCCGAAAUUCCGUUCGCGGGGCCGCCGCCGUACCUGUCCAUCUACUCUGCCGUCUCAAACUCGGCUCCUGGCUCAUCCCCCAUACCCUCCCGCGCGUCCUCACCCCUCCCAUUUUUAUAUUCCAGCGCGCCGUCGUCUGCGAGCUCAGAGCUCGAGAGCGAUGGAGAGGCGCCGGUGCUGACCAGGCGGCGGGUCACGCCCAGAGAACGCCCGCCGAGGUGGUGGUUCUCCCAGUCCACGCUCAGGCGACGACGACGGGAGAGCGGUUGGUUCCUGCGGCAGGCGAGGAGAUGGACGCGCGCGAUAGUCCGCUCGCCGUUCUGCCCGCGUCAGCCGUGGACGAUCCUCAUCACCCUCGUCCUAUUCUCUAUAUUCGCAUCUUCUUUGACACUGGGCAUAAUCUACGCGCUCAAUCCGGACAAAGAGGCGCUUCCAUGGCGAGCAUACUGCGCCGUCGCUAUACCCUCUCACGACCCCCCGCUCGUCGACGCGCCGGUAGUCAGCCCAGAUAUAUUCACUAUAGGCGCUGCACCUCCGCCACCUGAAUUUCCGCCAGCCGGCUUCGACGACUUGCCGCCGGCAGGAGUGUUCCUCGGCGUAUUCAGCAUUGACAGCUCUUAUGAUCGGCGCAUGCUCAUCCGUUCAACCUGGGCUACACACGACAGGUCAAGAAACGGUGCGGGUCCUGGCGAUGGAGGCAAUGGGACCAGUAGGACACUGGUCAGGUUUAUUCUCGGUCAGCCACGCAAAAGCUGGGAGAGGAGAGUACAGCUCGAGAUGGACCAAUAUAACGAUAUCGUGAUCCUGCCCAUUGCCGAAAAUAUGAACUCCGGCAAAAGUCAUACUUUCUUCUCUUGGGCGGCGACAAUGGCGUAUGUUCCACCUGUGCUCGUCGAUACACCCCAUCCUCGGCCGAAAUUCUCGUACGCGAAUGACUCGCAGGCAGCACCUUCACCAUCAAGGCUCGCCGCACAUGAUCCUUCGCUUGCAAAAUUGGAUGCGGCAAGUGCACAGCCUCGGGAUUGGGUCAGGCCGGACUUUGUUGUAAAGGCAGACGACGACAGCUUCGUGAUGCUCGCCGAGCUCGAAGCGCGUCUUCGCGUCGGGAUGUACGACUCUGCUGCCCACCAGAAACGCGCUACGUCCGAAGUUCGCGCUGCGCAAGCACAUAUGCGCGUCGCACUUGCGCAUUCCGGCCAGGCGUCGGUGACGGAGAUCGACAACUGGGAACCGGAGGCGGAUCCUCUGGUGUAUUGGGGAUACCUCGUCAAGCAGCGGUUCAUGGCUGGCGAGCUCUACGCGUUAUCCUGGUCGCUCGUCACGUAUGCUGCGACCGACGCGGGGGUACGCACGCAUUUGCGAGGAGCAGAGGACAAGCAGACUGCGUCAUGGAUGCGCAUCCACCCACGCGCGGACGCCAUCCGAUGGAUCAACGAGCGCGUAUGGAUAUACGACCAUCCACGUGCCGGAACGGUCUACUCUCACGGCUUCCUCUUCCCGUCCGAGGCAGCGAGAGUCAGGAAGGGCAUUAAGAGCUAUAAGGAACUCAGCGCCACGGUCGACGCGAAGGCUAGCGUUGGCGAGCCCAGUCAAGGCGCGAGUUUGCCGGUGCCGACGGAGUGGUCGGCGAGUAGCGUCAGUACGUUCGGGACGCGGUACGCGGAGCCUGUUGCGGGGCUCACUGCACGGGAGAGUGUUGAGGCGCUCGUUGAGGGUAGCGAAAUGUCGAGGUUAUACGAAGGGAGCAUCCUGACACCGGAUCUCGCAUGGCGCCAACGCGAAGGUCGUGCGACACGGUACGAGAAUAAACGGCUAGGCGGCACCGUCGUCGUGCACUUCAUCAAGAAGAACAUGUGGUACCUCGAAACGGCACUCGCAUUGCUCGAGGGCGAAGACGAGACGGAGCGAGAGCGCGAAACAAGGCUACACCGCGACCGCAAACCAACAUGGCCGUGA